AUGUUUAAGGAUACAAAUCGUUUGCUUUCAGAUGAAACAUAUGAAACUAUUGCAGCAUCAUCUAAUCGUGCAUUUCAAUUAAUUAAAAGAAAUAAAAAAAUAAUGAUACAUUUUAUUGUACAUCAUAUUAUUCAAAUAUUAAGUUUAAUAUCAGGACUUAUUAUAGCAUGUAUUGCAUUAAGUGUUACUGAACAUGAAAAUGGAAAAAAAAUGGUAAAAGCAGAACUUGUAUUUGCAUCAAUUGCAAUUGGACUUUAUUUUAUUUAUAUGGUUUUUGGAAUUAUUGCAUUUAGAACACAUCCAAUAUUUACAUUAAUUACUGAACAUAAACGACCAUUGUUAUUUACUAAAUUAGCUAAUUUAGUUCAUAGAAUUUAUUUAAUUAUUUUAAUGUGUAAUGUUGUUAUUUCUAUUAUUCUUUCAAUGACAUUUAAUCCAACAAAUGAGUUAGGACAUAAAAUACAUGGAUUAUGGGUUAUGGUAUUUGUUGAUGUUAUUUAUCUUCAAUUAUCAUGUAGUGAAUUACAAAAACCAUUUACUUUUGUUGCAAGAAAAGUUGAACAAGUUGAAAUGGGAGAAAAAACAGAAGAUCAAAUGGAAGAUGAAAAAUAUAAAGAAGAUGUUGGUGUAUUUACCUUUGGAUAUAAUAUUUUAGGAUUCCAAACAUAUAUUAAAUAUAUUUUUGAUCCUAAUUUAGGAUACUUAAGUACUGAAGCAUAUUUUGUUGGAUGGGUAAAAGAGUUUUAA